AUGGAUAACGCCGCGGGCGCCCCGCUGUUCGUGGUCAGUGAAGCCCUGUGCUACUAUCCUAUAUCCACGAUCUACAACUCAUGUCCACGAUAUCUAUUCUACGCACUAUUGAUUGCAAGUUGUAUAACACGAUGGACCGGAUGGCUUGCAGAUGUCUUCCUCGGCGCCGCAGCGACUUAUGCCGGUACUGCAGCAAUUCAAACAUUUAUCAUGGUUUCCAGCUUCCAAAAGCCCCAGGACCCAGGACCUGUCGCCAUCCCAUGGAUUUCAGCCAACACCAGCCUGAUCAAAGAAUUCCCCUCCAUUGUCACCGAGACGAAUAGUAUCCAGGUCUCUCCGGCCUCCCUUGAGCUCGACGCAGAUGCCGUCAUGGCUAUUGUUGUCACUGGAUAUCUAGUUUUCCUACCGUUACAAUGUUGGUCUCGCAUCUUGACACACGACCGGGCGCGAAAUCUGCUGUUCUACGUCUGGAACGCCCUCAUGCUGGCGGGCUCGAUAUGUGCGCUCGUCUAUUCGGCACGAACACCGAAGCUGCCUAUUCAGUACAUGUUCUGUUAUCCCGAUUACCCCCCUGUCGGUGAUAGCUCCAAUGACGGCUGGCAGGCCUCGUGGAGAACCUCUACAUGGAAUACAAGCGUGUGGAACACAUUCUCUAAUGUCUCCCAGUGGAAUCAACUGGGCGACAUCUGCUUCAAUCCUUGCUUCAAUACCUCCCAGAUUCUCCGACAAGCUACUUCCUUACAUGCCGUCACAGCGACUGACGACACUGAUCUCCCCGCCUCGCGUGGCUUCUGGAGGAAUGUUUUGUACUCCAAGCGCUACAUCUACAGCCUGAUAAUCCUGUGUCUUAUACUCAACUGCCUGCUAUUGACAUACCGGUUCCUUCCAUAUCGAUCCCGGAUCCCGUCCGCUCAGAUUGUCGUCCUUUGGAAGGAUCGAAGGAACAUAUGGAAAGGGUUCAAGGAGGAGAUACAAAUGGCGAUGUCGUCUCCUUCCCCUGGCCAAGACUCGCUUGAGGAAGGCAGGACAGCGAACACCGAAAAGAGAUCUUGUUUGACUUUUCUUCGGCCCAUCUUUACUCGCCGUUUCCUCAAGGCCUUCUUGCAUAUAUCUGUUGAUGCUGUGAUCCUUUUUGGUAUCGUAUUCAGCAUGAUAGUGAGCCCGUUCACCAUCGUUGCAUUUGUUGCGUGGAUUGAAUUUCAGAUCUACAAUGACGGGCCUUCCCAGGAGAGUCCGCGACAGGUUGGGCAGUGGGCCUAUCUUGUAUCGAUUGCUUUGCUAGUGAUAUCGGCCGGUAUCCUCACGCUGAAGUACAAGAUUGCAUCAUCGACCGAGCUGCAAAAUGAAAUUGAACAAACGAAAAAGCAUCUGGAAUACUUGGAAGAGCGAAAGGGGGCAUGUUCCGGGGCUCAUAGACUCGAGAUGAGGGACCUCAGAGAUCAUUCCAAAGGCAGUUAG